GAGCGAGGGAAGGAGAGGCAGAGAUGUGCCCGGCGGCCGCGGGGCUGCGCCGCGGCGGGGGUGCGUGUGUGGUGUCGCUGCGCCCGGACCCGCCCCGUCCGCCGGGAGCUGCCGCCUCCUGCUGCCGCCGCCGCCGCCGCAUCCGCGCCCGAGGAAGGAGCCGGGAGGCCGCGGCUCGAUCCGAGAACCGUACACCAUGUCUCUGUUGAUUCCUCAAAAGAAGAUACAAUGUCACCAGAAAAAACGGAUGAGACAACAACCUGAAACUGAAAACAAAGCUGAGGAAAGUGAUGAAGAUGAAGAAGAGGAAGAAGAGGAGGAGGAAGAAGAAAAGGAGAAGAGUCUCAUCGUUGAAGGAAAAAGGGAGAAGAAGAAGGUCGACAGGCUGACCAUGCAAGUGUCCUCAUUGCAGAAGGAACCUUUUACAAUUACACCAGGAAAAGGACAAAAACUGUGUGAAAUUGAAAGGAUACAGUUCUUUCUGAGCAAAAAGAAGACAGAUGAACUAAGGAACUUGCACAAACUCCUCUACAACAGGCCAGGCACUGUUGCAUCCCUAAAGAAGAAUGUGGGUCAGUUCAGUGGAUUCCCAUUUGAAAAAGGAAGUGACCAAUACAAAAAGAAGGAAGAAAUGUUAAAAAAAUUUAGAAAUGCCAUGUUGAAAAGUAUCUGUGAAGUUCUUGACUUAGAAAGAUCAGGAGUUAAUAGUGAGCUCGUAACCAGAAUAUUAAACUUCUUAAUGCAUCCAAAAUCUUCAGGCAAGCCAUUGCCAAAGUCAAAAAAAACACCAAGCAAAGGUGGCAAAAAAGAGCGCAGUAGCUCUGGAACAACAAGAAAAGCAAAACGCACCAAGUGCCCUGAGAUCUUGUCGGAUGAAUCCAGUAGUGAAGAAGAUGAAAAGAAGGAAAAGGAUGAUUCUUCAGAAGAAAAAGAAAGUGAAGAUGAGCCCCCUAGAAAAGCAUCUAAAAGAGAAAAAUCUAAAAAGGUGACUUCCAAAACCAAGAAAGCUGUGAAGAGUGCGAAUGUCAAGAAAGCAGACAGCAGCACCACUAAGAAAAAUCAGAACAGUUCUAGAAAAGAAAGUGAGUCUGAAGAUAGUUCAGAUGAUGAACCUUUAAUUAAAAAACUGAAGAAACCACCCACAGAUGAAGAAGUGAAGGAAACUGUCAAGAACUUGUUGGCCAAUGCAAACUUGGAGGAGGUCACAAUGAAACAAAUUUGCAAGGAGGUCUAUGAAAAAUAUCCUAGUUAUGAUUUAUCUGACAGAAAAGACUUCAUUAAAAAAACAGUCAAAGAGUUGAUCUCAUGAUCUGAUUUGACUGUGGGCAAUGAAGAUUCCUGGUUUAAUGUUCCCAUGGAUUUGAAGAUCUGAUAGGCACCAGCAAAAAGAAUGUGUCUUACCCUCACGGUAUUUAGUCAGAGCUAAUUCUGCUGAUCUAAUGUUAAGAGUGUUAAUGUAAAUUGCUUUGUGUAUCUUUUUUUUCUUUUUAAACAGAACUGCAUUUGAUGCAAUUUUUAGUUGAACAUACUUAAGUUUCAUGCAUGGCAGUAAAUGUUCCCUUUUUUAUAGUUUUGUACAUUUUGAAUUGCGUUGUAUAACUAGAUUCAUUAGAAGCCAUCAUAGCUUUUUAGUGUGGAUUACUAGCUUGCAGGAGACUUUAAAAUCAAGUAAGAUGAAAGCUGCUUAUCUACACGUUUACAUGCAGAGACUGGAAUAUUGCAGUAUUGGUUGCAAUAUAUAUUCAUUCUGAAAAUAACAAGAGUUAAUCACAUGUUAAUCUCUUAUAUUCUGAUACAUUCUACAGGUGCAGAAUUAUUCUGAAUAUAGAUUACAGUCUUGCAUGUGUAGGCAUUGAGAGAACUAUCAAAGCGUGGUAACUAAUUGGCAUAUAGAUGUUAUUUUUGUACUUUCAAAAGGCUUUUUGUUGUGUAUAUAAAGUUAUUUUAAGUUCCUUUGUGCAAAUCAAUUUUUUAAUCUCGUUGUCUUUGAAUUUGUGACAUGAAAUGUCAAUGUUCAGCAGUGAGGCGUUGAUGGAAAGUGGUAUGCGGAAGUUUCAUGAAGUUACAAAUGAGCCGAGGUUUCACCGUGUUUGUCACAUCUUACCUUGUACAGAAACUAAACUGUAAUUUUAUACCUGUAGUUUAACUUUGUACAAAGACUACAGACAUUGUUUCAGUGUCUUGGAUGUAAUAAAUAAAAUCCCUCCAAAGCUGAUAGGAAAAUUUCUAAAGUUCACUUGGCAAAAAAUCUUCUACGUUAGCAUCUUGACUUGGUGACCCAGCAUCUCAGAAGUAGGUAUCUGAAAUGUACAGCUGGGAGGCUUGGCAGCUUUGGAAAUCCACGAUGGGGCUUCCGAAUCAGACAGCGCUGAUGUCUAUAUGCGUGGUUAACCUCAGGCUUUUCUGAACCUGAGCCUUGGUGCCUCAACAUGGACAAUGGUACUUUUAAGCUGCAGUCUUGAACUUUGGCUGGCAGCUUUUAGGAUCGAAGUGAACUCAUUGCAUAAGUUUUUAUUGUUUAGGUUUUCUCUCCUCUACACCUUGUUGCUCAUAUGGGAAGUCCUACACUUAAAAUCAUGAAACUAAGAGUUGUCGAAAUGUGGGCUGCCAUUAACACCACGAGCACAGACUCCCUCUGACUAGUAUUGCUGGAAAGACAAAGUGUAUUUUUCUGAAUUUUGUUAUUGUACAGUUGAGAAAUAAGGGUUCAUAAAUGAUCUAAAUUCUGAAAUUGUUCAGCCAGUUAGACUGUUCAUCUUCACAGACUUCUGAAUUUCUUUAUGUGUAAUCAUUUAUAAUAAGGCUGAAUGUAACGGGGAUUUUUUGUAUUCAAUAAAUGACUUUCACAAAAAUGUAAA